AUGUCGCCGGCGCCUUUUUUUACUGUUCCUCCGGGGUCCGCGCUCGCGGCCGCCGGCGGUCGGGGAGGCUACCUCGGCGGCGUCCGUCCGUCUCUGCAGGCUCCCCACCACCACCACGAGGCCGCGGCGAGUACCUCGGGAGCGCGGAGCCCCCUGAGACAGGCGCAGGUGUUUGCCCUGCUGGCGCUCUUGGCGCCGGCUGCUCUGGCGGCGGGUGUCGAGCGACUCGCUGAGGGCGUGGCAGCAGGAGGCGAGGCGGCGGCCAGCGCGGUGGGGGCGGCGGCCCCCGAGGGCAAGGGCAAGCGGCAGGCCGUCUACGGAGGACCCUUCUCCUCCCUGCUGUCGUCAGCCUACCAGCUGCCGGCCGCGGCGUCUGGAGGGUCCGGCUCCACGCUGCUCUCCUCCGGCACUCAGCACGCGCCCGCCUACCAGCCACUGACGGGCCUGGGGCUGCCCCUGGGCUACGGCAGCGCCUCCGCGGCCUACGCGCCUUCCCUGCUGCGCUCCGGCCUGCUGACCGCAGCCUCCAACCACUCGUCUGCCGGCUCGCCGCUGGCGGCGCUGCUGUCGGCCGGCUUCCCCGCGGCUCAGUACUCGGCCCAGCACAACUUCACGCUGCCCGUGGCGGCCAACCUGCUGGCGCAGGGCCCCUCCUACUUCCCCGGCGGCGGCCUCUACGCCUCGGCCGCGCCCGCUGCCGCCGACUACCCGCAGAACUUCACCUUCGGCCAGCCCGCCGCCAGCAGCCUCUUCGCGCAGAACUCUGCCGCCUACCCCAGCUUCUACCCGGCGCCGUCGGCCUUCAGGCAGAAUUUCAAUGCGGGGCUCUUCGGGGCGGCGACGACCUCGACGGCGUUCCCGGGCAGCGUGCUGGCGCAGGGCGGCGCCGCCCCCGGGGCGGCGGGCAGCCCCUUCACGUUCUUCUCGUACCCGGUGGCGGCCAAGUCGGGCCAGCAGGCGGUGGCCACGGUGGGCGUCAGCAACCAGCUGCUGUCCCCGCACCAGCCGCUCAGCCUGGACCAGGCCCGGCGCCGCUUCCCGCAGUACUUCACCGGCGUCGAGGAGCCGUACGUGACGGAGUUCCCAGAGGAGAGACCGGCCAGUGGCUUCGCCAGGCCCCAUCCCGCCCCCGCCCCCGCCGCCGCCGCCGGCGACGCUAAUGACGAUGACGACGACGGCAGCUACGACGAGCGGCCAGCCUACAGGUCCAGCGGAUACCACGGCGCCGCAGGGGUGGACCACCACAAGAUUCGGGCCGAGCAGGAGUCUGAGGACGAGGACAGCGCAGAGCGGCACCCCAACAGCUACCAGACGGUCGUGUACCACGGCAAGCCCUACCACGGCGAGCAGGAGUCUGGCAAGUCGUCCUACCCCGGGUACUACCCCAAGGCCGCGCACCACAAGAAGCACCACGCAGGCGACGGCGAGGACGAGGACUCCAGGAGGCCGCAGGAGAGCAGCGGCGAAGACGACGACGAGGACGAGGACCGCCGGCCGGCGUACAGCUCGUCCUACCAGAGGUUUUCCUCGCCGGAACUGGACUCGCACUUCAACAGGGCGGCGGCGGCGUCGCAGGGUUCGAACCCCGGCGGGCCCCGGCCGGCGGCCCAGACGCUGCACACGUACCGCUUCAAGGUCCCGGACUACGCGACGGAGGACUACUCGCCGGUGACCGGGCGGCCCUCGAGGCCGAAGAGCGGCCCCCAGCGGCGACCCCACCAGGGAGACGACGGGGAGAGCGACGGCGACGACUCGGCGGCCCACUACUCCAGCCCCGGGCUUCGCGUCCACAAGACGGCCUGGUCCUACACCCGCUCCCACUCCUCCACGCGGUGAUCCUCCACCGCGCGCUCGCCAUCUCUAGUGUCCCCCUGACACUGCACUGAACAUAGCCCGAGCUCACCUCUCGACCUCACUUCGUGUCCAUUUGGGAAACUGUCUAAGAACAAAUACUAUUUUAGAUACAUAUUGUUACAGAGCCAUCACCAUCAUCACUAAUAAUCAGCCAGAGGGUUCCUUGGUAGCAGUUAUCGAUCCUCAUGAUUUCUGUUAAUCCGUUCACAGCAUCGUAUCGUGUUUCUCCCAUAAUCUGCUCCGUACACCACAACUCUGACCUUCCAUUCGCUCUGCGCACGCUCACACGUCCCCCUGUUAUGGUAAUCAGCAUUGCCCAUAUCUCAGAAUAUGCCUGCAGAACAGUGUUCGUCUAGUCCAGGGGUCUGCAAACUACAAAGAGAGAGAGAGAGAGAGAAAGAAAAAAAAGAAAGAAGCCGGUUAACAGACUAGUUUGGCGAAAACAUUUUAGGUAAUAAAACUCUUUGCAUUUUAUUCUACUCACGAGUCUGAGGCAAGUCUUUCAAAUGGACGCCACUUCGGCGACUAGCCUUAAUAAUCAAUCAUUAUGGAAGAUGCUGCUUCUUAAGCGAGGUUUCACUUUCUUUACGUAUUUCGAUUUUCAGAUUUUCCUUGUCUCUUCGAAUUCAAACUUUGAAUUGUGCCACACCUACUAGUACAGCGCAUAAAACACUAAAAAACCUCGUGAGACACUCGCAACAUAGACACAAUCGCGCAACAGAACUAUCAAAUAUAUGCUCUGGCUCUGCUACUCGUUACAAGACUGCAUAACUAAACUUAUUGUUGCGCCGCUUGAAAUAGCAAUGCGUUGACAUACUCUACCUCUGUUACGUCUUGUAGUAAUGGUGUUGCUAACAAUCAUUUUGAGAUUUCGUUAACUUUGCAGGACGCUUUCGUGAAUAUUGUGCAGUGACAUACUUUUUUGUCGGUGAAAUUCGCCAGAGUAAAAUAUGCCAGAAAUUCGGUCAGGUACGUCCACCAAUCAAAUAAAAAUCGUAGUUCGUUUCAGUGCUGCCUAUUCCCACAACCUUAGACUUUUGCGAUUUCAUAUUUCCUUUAGCCUUACACUACGGUGAUCGUGGAGUGCUAGGGUGCUUUAAUCCCACUAGGUAGAUCUUGGCCCUUAUGACUUUGUGGAGGAACCAAUGUGACCCGCAGACUAAAAAGUUUGGAGACCCCUGGUCUAGUCACAUCUUUCCAAAGACUUACCCUCUCCUCCGCUCUUUCAAGUAACUCCCCAUUUAUCUUGCCAGUCUAUUUUAUCCCAACUAUGCGGCUGUGGCUUCAUAUCUCAAACGAAUUCAACAUCGUCUGCUCUACGACUUGUGAUGGCCAGUCCCAGUCUUACAGAGUAACAUUAUUUUCUCCCCAGUACGAUUCAGUACCUCGUCACCGAAUAUCUGGUCUACUCUUCUAAUCUUCACAAUUUCAAAAUCCCUCUAUUCUCGUCUUGUUCUAACUGUUUAUUGUUCACUUUCCACUCCUUAAUAAAAUUUUCAGUAAACGCUUCCUAACACUGCCAUCCAGGUUAAAAUACAUCUCUUCAUGAGAGCCAUCGUUUGUUAUUUUACUAUCCAAACACGAAAACUCGUGUUCUACUUUCAGUGCGAUCAUUUCCUGAUCGAAUACCCCCAGUUUGACUGCACUUAAUUAUCCUUGCUUUGCUUUUGUUGAUGUUCACCUUAAAACCUCACUUCAAGACGCUACUCAUUUCAUUCACCUAGUCUUCUAGGUGUUUUACCGCCUCUAAUAGAAGUGCAGUGCCCCUGGAAAACUUCCUUUAGGCCUGAAACAGUUACACUCUAAGAAUUUUCAUACUUCUGUGUAUAAGUACAGAGUUGUCACUUCCGUUAGGGGCAUUUUCUUUUUUAUUUCUUCUUGACAAGAUUUCUUUGGGAUACAUCUGACUACUUUAUUUCUAGUAGGCAAUAAUUAACAUCUGACUGCUACUUCUUGUGUGCCGUUUGAGUACAGAGCUUCAAGGUACAGUCACGUUGUGGAACAUUCAUUAUGGACCUCGCUCAAUCGCUGAAUUAUACAAUUUUACAAUAAACCUUGGUGGUAAUCGCGCCACUGUAACAACAUUUCAUCGCAAACUUCACUCAUACUUCACUGUGUAAAUUGUACGCCAUCUGCUCAGGAUUAAUUCCAAUGUUUAUCAU